AUGGCUGUAAGGGGGCGUACCUCGUCCGACGCGACCAAUAUCGAAGUCGCGCAGCAAGAAGGCCUUGCACAACCAAAGGCAUCGCCUUCAAUCCGCCAUGCAGCUAUCGUUGAGCAAGACGGGAGUACCAGUAGCAUGACCUAUUCUCUUACAAGAGAGGAGGAUGUCCACUUUCGCAUCUGUGAGGAAAUAUCACGUAGCAGACAGGGACUUCUCUCCCCCUCGCCUCAAUCACAGAACACCCAUCGGUGCGAGGUUAUGGAACUACAUGAAGGAGUGAACCCGAUGACCAUUCUUGGACAGGCAUUGGGCCAGCAACACCCUAAUCGCUUCGUCAGGUUCAUGGUCGAGGAGGACGUUUCCAAGCCCGACCUAGGACACUCGUUUCCUGGCCUCGACACGGCAGACGUCGCGUAUCUAGAGGCCAAAGCCGGUCUAAGCUUUCCACCACAACCAGUUUGUGACGAACUUCUCCGCCUGCACUUUGUCCGCGUCUAUCCUUAUGCACCAAUACUUGACCGAGUCUGGUUGGGAGGAGGAUGGGGAGAUACCGGAGGAGCUACGGGAUGUGCUCGGCCUGGUGUCACCGCUUCAGAAGCUUUUCAUGGUGGAGUACAGUAA